AUACUAUAACUUCAAGUAGUUAACAGCAAGCCUGACACUAGACUUGGAACUACACAUUUCCCAAUUCCUUUGCAACACAUCAAGGAUUAUGGGCGGAAUCUUAGUCGAUCGUUUUGGUAAGCCAGUAGCUUUUCGCGAGGGCGUAGCUGCUGCACGCAAGAUAACUUUGCAGGUGGCGAUCACGUCCGUUGUAAGCCAAGAUGGACAGGGCAUCUCUUUGGCUCUUCUAGGCGCCCUAACGGACCAGCUGCAGCUGCUUGCCUCUCUGGGCUACCAGCUGCAACUCGUGAUGGCGGGCGAACCAGCUGCAUGCGACAAGGCCGUUCAUGCCGUACAGAACCUCAUUAAGCUCAAGGAGCCGGUUGUGGACGUGUGUUUCGCGCCGCACGUGUCGGGCGGCGAGGAGGGCUCCCUGCUGGCGGCGGAGGCGGCUCGCGGCUUCGGAGCGCAGCUGCUGGUGGUGCUGUCGGGCUGCAGGGGCGUGACGGGGCAGGAUGGCCGCAUCGCCCGCGUUUACCAGCCCUCCUCCUCCGCGGCCCCUCCCUCCCCCCUGGUAGCAGCGGCUUGGCAGCUCGCCUCCGGCCCAGCCACCGCCUCCCCAGAGGGCGAGGCGGCCACUAGCGGCGCCAGCGGCAUCCCAGUGGUGCUAGCCGCCGCAGGUGAGCCCGACGUGCUGCUGCGCGUCGUAGCCGGGCAGGACGUGGGCACCCUGCUGGACCCCGCAGCAGCCGAGGCGGCGGGCGGCGCGCGGGCGGCGGCCGCAGCCAGCAGCGCACGUGACAUGGCGGUGCGGGCGCGCGAGGCCAGCCGGCGGCUGCAGGCGCUCAGCAGCCAGCAGCGCAGCGAGCUGCUGCUGCGGGUGGCGGAUGCGUUGGUGGCGGCGCAGGAUGAGAUCCUGCAGGCCAACGCGGCUGACGUUGCGGACAGCCAGGGCCGCAUCUCCGACUCGCUCAUGCAGCGGCUGGUGCUGAAGCCCGCCAAGAUUGCGCAGCUGGCGGAGGGGAUCCGGGCCAUUGCGGCGCAGGAGGAGCCGCUGGGCAGGCUGCUGAGGAAGGUGGAGGUGGCGGAAGGCCUCAUCCUGGACAAGGUCACGGUUCCCAUCGGUGUGCUGCUGGUGAUCUUCGAGGCGCGGCCGGACGCGCUGCCGCAGAUCGCCAGCCUGGCCAUCCGCUCCGGAAACGGACUGCUGCUCAAGGGCGGCAAGGAGGCCACCCACUCCAACGCCUGCCUGCACCGCAUCAUCACCGCCGCGCUGGGCCCCUCGCUGGGCCCCGACCUGAUCGGGCUGGUGACCAGCCGCGAGGAGAUCGAGAGCCUGCUGGCGCUGGAUGAUGUGGUGGACCUGGUCAUUCCGCGCGGCUCCAACGCACUCGUGUCCCAUAUUAAAGCCAACACCCGCAUCCCCGUGCUGGGACACGCCGACGGCAUCUGCCAUGUGUAUGUGGACGCUGCUGCCGACCUACCCACCGCGCUGCGUAUCGUGCUGGACGCUAAGACGGACUACCCCGCAGCAUGCAACGCGGUGGAGAAGGUGCUGGUGCACCGGGAUUGGCAGCAGAAGGGCGGCCUGCAGACCAUCCAGGAGGCUCUUCAGAAGGCCGGCGUGACGGUGUAUGCAGGCAGCAGCCUCAGGUCGGAGCUGCCGGACCUGCCGCCCGCACCCGCAGCGCGACACGAGUACAGCGCAAUGGCGGUUACGCUGGAGGUGGUGGAUAGCAUGGAGGACGCCAUCGACCACAUACACAAGUACGGCAGCUCCCACACGGACUGCAUCGUGACCACGGACGGCGCGCGUGCGGAUGCCUUCCUCCGUGCCGUUGACAGCGCCUGCGUCUUCCACAACGCGUCCACUCGGUUUGCAGAUGGCUUCCGGUUCGGUCUGGGGGCUGAGGUGGGUAUCAGCACCAGCCGCAUCCACGCGCGCGGCCCGGUGGGGGUGGAGGGCCUGCUGACCUCCAAGUGGCUGCUGCGAGGGGACGGACACAUCGUGGCGAAGGACACAGGCGUGCGCUUCACGCACCGCCCGCUGUCCGGCGGUGCGGGUGCAGGGGAUGCGGAGGGCGUGGGAGCG